AGUUCCUCUCAUCGGAUGGGUCGUGAGAGCUGCUUUGCUCACAAUCUUCUCACAGUGAUGGAGGGCAACAGGUGUGCGCACGUCAAUCCAGGUGUCUGUGACCCGUCCUUCAAACACCCACACCGGGCGGCUUUGAUUCUGGCACGCGGUGGCAGUAAAGGAAUCCCACUGAAGAACAUCAAGGUUCUGGCUGGAGUUCCUCUAAUCGGAUGGGUCGUGAGAGCUGCUUUGGAUUCAGACGUCAUUGACAGUGUUUGGGUGUCUACUGAUCACGAUGAGAUUGAACGUGUUGCUAGAAUCUGGGGAGCAAAAGUUCAUCGGCGCAGUCCUGAAGUUUCCAGAGACUCCUCCAGCUCACUGGAGACCAUCCAAGAGUUCAUCCGGCUAAGACCUGAGGUGGACAUUGUUUGUCAUAUUCAGGCAACCUCUCCAUGUCUGCACCCGUAUCAUAUCAGAGAAGCUCUGCAGAUGAUCACUGAACUGGGUUAUGAAUAUGUGUUCUCAGCAGUACGCAGACAUCAGUUUCGCUGGACUGAAGUAAACAAGAAAGAGGGUAAAAGCACGUCUCCCAUCAACAUCGACCCAGCAUACAGACCACGACGUCAAGACUGGGCCGGAGAGCUCUAUGAAAAUGGAUCUUUCUACUUUUACACGAGAGAAGUUCUGGAAAGAAGCCUUCACCAGAUGAAUAAGAGGGCCUACUAUGAGAUGCUCCCAGAACACAGUGUUGACAUUGAUGUGGAUAUAGAUUGGCCGGUGGCUGAGCAAAGAGUUUUGAGGUUUGGAUAUUUUGGAGGAAAAAAGAAAACAGAGGUUAGGUUCUUUUUGUGCAGAGUAUCUGGCUGUCUGACAAACGGACAGUUAUACAUGUCUGUUUCAGGAGAGCAGUUUGUUGCCAUCAAUGGUCGAGACCUGGCGGGCAUUCGAAUGCUGCAGAAGGAAGACAUCAAGGUGAUUCUUAUAUCCAGUGUGAAUGAGACGGUGUCCAAGUCUCUGCUGAAAACCAUUUCCCAGCAGACAGGUUGUGACAUCAAACUGGAGAUUGAGAAGACAGGUCUGGAGUGUCUGAUGAAAGAGACAAACAUGAAAAAGGAAGAGGUGGCCUUUAUGGGUGCAGAAUGUGAAGAUGUGGAGAUCAUGACCCAGGUGGGGCUGAAUGCUGUACCUCCUGAUGCACCUGUGUCACACCUUAUGGCAGCUGACUUCACCUGUCAAAGGCCAGCGGGUCAUGGGGUUGUUUUUGAGUUUGCUCAGUACAUCCUGCAAAUGAAGAAAAAGACAGAGUCGCAACACAGCCAAGAAAGCAUUGACAGGAUUAACUUCUAACCAUAAAGGGGGUUUCCCGGACAGGGCUUAUCUUAGUACCAGACUAAAAUGCAUGUUUGAGCUACUUUAAUUUCAAAACACCUUGUACUGACAUAUUUUAAUACAUACCAGUGCCAUUUGUCUCAAGAUGCACACCAGAAUAGUUUAUUGUAAGGUUUGUUUGUAGCCUAGUCCUGGAUUAUUCUGAACCCUGUCCUGGAAACCGCCCCUUAAAAGGUUAAAUGCAGAAGUUAUAUUUCGAGUAUGCGUUCAGUACUUUAGUGUUUCACAUAUGUAUACACUGCUAAGGGUAUAAAUGGAAAUAAAAUACAAAAUACUGUGUGGAAAAAUUAUUGACAUUUUUUUAGUAUUUUGUUGUUUGAAAAUACAGAAAAAUAUAGCUGCAAGCAGCGAUACGGGGCCAAGCAACAAUGGUCCUGCAACACACCAUGAAGCCAAAAGGACAUGCAAUUGAAAAAUGCAAUGUAGCAGAUAUGUAUGGAAACGUACAGGACUCAGAGAUGAAAAUGCACAUAUUGAAUAAAUGAAAAUUUUCAAGUAUAAUAUUUAUUUGCAUGCUUAAAGAAGGACCGAUUAGUCCAAUGCUGACCUAGAAAACAAUUGAACCACCAAAGCAUCAUACUUGUUACACAUACUUAAACCAAAAGAGCACAAAAGAAAUAAUACCAUAAAAAAUAAUAAAAUAAAAUACAAAUAAUGAAUUGAAGCUUUUGACUCUAAAGUAAGAGACUUUAAUUGCUGCCCUACCCAGGAUUUGAACCCACGAUGAACUCACUCAUUUGGUUGAACCACAGGGGAGACAUACUUACACACAGCUGCUGAAGUGACAAUGUGUAUGUUCAAGUUUGGAGAGAUUUUUUCUCAAGAACAAAAAUUUUUUUUUAAAUCCCCUGUAGGUAGUCAAACCUCUUUGAACAUUUGACUCUGCAUGAAAAAAAAUUGUCAACAAUUUUUAUUGCUGCCCUACUCUGGAUUUGAACCCAUGAACUCUGGAUUUCAUGCCCAUCACGCAUUUGGUUGAGCUACUG